CGGGAGAGCGGCGGCGGCACCUCGGGGCGGGCUCGGCUCCUCCGGAAUAAGAAAUGGAGAUGAUGACUGAAAAGCAGAGAGAUAUGAGGUAUUUCUGGAACAAUACACCUGAAAAAAGCGAUUACGAGGCUGUAGAAGCCCUUAUUUCUAUGAGUUGCAACUGGAAAUCAGACUUCAAGAAGCAUGCAGAAAUGAGACCUAUAACUCCUGCAUCUGACAUGUCAGAAGAAAGUGACGAGGUUUUACUUCCUGGAGCAGCAGACUUUAAUGCAAUACCAGCAUUUUGCCUGACCCCUCCCUACAGCCCUUCUGACUUCGAGAUGUCGCAGGUGAUCCAUCCGCUGGGCAAGGCACUGUCUGAGGCUGCCAAGCCUCCUCUGGCCACACCUCGGAGAGAGGCGGAGCGGUCUCCAGUGGCCAGGCCUCUGAAAGCUCGAGUGACAAGUGUUAUCCGCCACACGGCUGAUGCCCAGUUUUGUGAUCACAAAACCUGUCCCGUGAGAACAGCCAGUGUUCUCAAAUACCAGGACAGUGCUUCGAGGGAAGCAAACAGGAAACAGAAUGCCAAGGAAGAGCACUCUGUGUGCUCUGCCGUGAUGCCGAGUGGAGCCAGUGCUGAGACCGGCGAACAGUCGCUGGUAGAAGGAAGAACUGCAGAACCAGUUGUUGGUCCCAUGCCCUUGACAAAGCUCUCGGUGAGCAAGGAGGAGUCUGUCCCUGAACCAGCAGAGCAGCCAGCGGUGGCAGCGCCGCUGUCCCCUGCCCAAGGCAGCGGAGCCCCCCCUGUGCCAGUGAUUUGCCAGAUGGUCCCACUGCCCACAAACAACAAUGUUGUGACGGCCGUAGUGCCCAACACCACGCCAAGCCAGCAGCCAGCUCUCUGUCAGCCCAUGGUCUUCAUGGGCACCCAGGUUCCCAAAGGUGCUGUCAUGUUUGUUGUGCCCCAGCCAGUUGUGCAGGGCACAAAGGCUUCCAUUGUUAGUCCAAAUGGCACGAAACUCUCUCCCAUUGCCCCUGCUCCUGGCUUUGUUCCUUCUACAGCAAAAACCACUCCUCAGGCUGAUUCUUCAAGAAUAAGAAGUCACAUUUGCGGCUACCCAGGAUGUGGGAAAACGUACUUCAAGAGCUCCCAUUUGAAGGCUCAUGUCAGAACACACACAGGAGAAAAGCCGUUUAGUUGCAGCUGGAAGGGCUGUGAGAGGAGGUUUGCACGCUCUGAUGAACUGUCUCGCCACCGCAGAACGCACACCGGGGAGAAGAAGUUUGCCUGCCCCAUGUGCGAGCGGCGGUUCAUGCGCAGUGACCACCUCACGAAGCACGCGCGUCGCCACUUGUCGGCCAAGAAGUUACCGAACUGGCAAAUGGAAGUGAGCAAGCUCAGUGAUGUUGCUGUGCCACCAACGUCUGCCACCGCCCAGUGAAAGGACUUGCUCUGAAGAUGGUGGAAUUAACUGUUGUUACUGGGAUAGGCCGGCUGGAAAAAGGCUUUUUCUCCCGGUCUGUGGUUAUCCCGCACUGCCUGCUGAGAGCAGUACAGAGAGGCAAAGGCAGCCUGCACUCAGUCACAAAAGAUGUUGCUGGGAGAACCAGUGGCUGACUGGAAUAGCGGGUGUCUUCUGCACUGGUGAGGAGAGAAAGAAAGGGAAGGCUCUAGAGCAGAGCAGCCACACUGUGCCAGUUUUGAAUUUUGCAAAUCAUUUGCGUAUGCUCUAGAUCCAGUCCCAUGCAAGUGUUUCUGAGGGUGUGCUGCUCAUGCCUGAGACCAGCUCCAAUUUUAGCUGUCAGUUGUCCGUCCUCAGUAGGUGCAGACAAGGACAGCAGCAAUGUACAGGCACAGGCUUG